AAAAAAAAAAAAAUCUAUAUCAAAGCGCAACUUUUGUCUUGUAUCUCAGAAACCAGUUGGAUCGGAGUCACUCUGAACUCAACCCGCCGGAAAACGAAGCCGGAGGACUUAGUCGUCGUUCGUCAGAAUCGAUUUGAAUUGGAAAUAAGGAGGAAGAAACAUCAAUGGAUUCACAGGGCCAGACAACUUCAUUACAGCGACUUCAGAAUGUCGAAAAGAGAAUUGUGAAGGUUUUGGAGCUUGCAAGAGGAGUAAUGGAUGAGCUUGCAAGCCCAGUUGGCCCUAGAAAAGAUCUUGUCCAAAAUCACUGUCUUGAAUUCAUGCAAUUAAUCAAGGACAUCCAAGUUGCGUUGCGUGAUGAAAUCAAAAGUGCUUGUGAAUAUCGUCCAUUUGAAAAAUGUGAUUAUGGUCCAAGAAUAGCCAAUGAGAUAUGUUACAAAAAGGUGGAAUUCGUCAUGUCACAAUUGGAUGCAAUGAAACAAACUAUAGAUGAGUAUAAUGCAACUGACUGAAAACUUUGCAGCUUUAGUUCCCCUAUAGAAGCUCUUAGAUCUCACAAUCAGUCAGUAAUUUAGAGUUUUUGCAGCGCUGCAAGCGAUUCAAGUUGCACUCAAUAAGGGGAGUGACUUAUUUAUGUAUUUAUUUAGAGGGGCUAUUUGGACAAUAUGUAUGUAGUGUUUGUCUACCUUGUACACUAAACAUGUAAAAGACUGAUUAUGAAGUACUGGAUUUUAUUUUGAAUGAUUAGUCACAAUAUAUGAUUUGGGGAGUAAAUUUUAAUUUUACUAA